AUGGAGAACACACCGUUGUUAUUUGUACUGGGCACAAGUGCACGUGUGAGCCCGGCCACAGACCUACCUGUGAUUGCCUCGAACGCGGGGGCAAAGGUUGUGAAAAUCAAUAUGGAGGAAACCCAACUAACCCACACGUGCGUGGACUACUACCUGCACGCGCCCCUAGAGACUGUCUUGCCACAGAUCGUCGAGUGUGUGCGGAGGAUACACCGGGAAAGUAAACCCCGGUCAUCCAUUGUGGCGUCUUUAAGCAAGACAUUCUCGAGACCCUCACUGCUUCCCGACCAAUUAUAA